AUGAGACCAUAUGGUGGUAAUAAUUUAUCUGUAAGCCAACGAAUUUAUAAUUACCGGUUAAGUAGAGGUAGACGCUUUGUAGAAUGUGCAUUUGGUAUAUUAGCCAACAAAUGGCGAUUAUUCCAUACGCCAAUUACAUUGGAACCAGAAAAUGUUACACACGUGGUUAAAGCAGCAUGUGUACUACAUAAUUUUAUAAGGGUACGUGAUGGUGUACAUUUGGAAGAUGCAACAUCAUAUCAAGAUUUCCACAAUGUGGAGUUUCCAAAUGGUACGCAGAGACUUGCAAGAACAGUCCGCGAUAACUUCGCAACAUAUUUUAUGAGCCCUGAAGGUGAACUUCCAUGGCAAAUGUCAAAAAUUUAA